AUGGAGAAAUUGUUACAUUGGUCAAUUGCAAAUGCACAAGGUGACAAAGAUGCAAUCGCAAGGGCUGGACAACCAGACCCUAGAUUACUGCAACAGCUGUUUGGUGGUGCUGGUCCAGAUGAUGCAACUUUAAUGAAGGAAUCUUUGCAAGUAAUUGCUAAUGAAGAAGCUGAAUUAGAGCACAAGAUGAUAGCUAUGGAUAAUUUUGAACUAUUAAUUGAAAACAUAGAUAAUGCUAAUAAUAUAGAAAACAUGAAAAUGUGGGAACCAAUAAUUGGCAUUUUAGAACAUGAAGAGGCGGACAUGAGAGCUGCUGCUUUGUCUAUAGUAGGAACUGCAGUUCAAAAUAAUGUUAGUGCACAAGAUAAUUUUAUUAAGUAUGAUGCUGGCCUUGAAAAAUUAAUCGCCUUGGCAUCUGAAAGGAACCAUCAGCAUUUUAAUGUCAGAGUAAAGGCUCUUUACGCACUCUCGAACUUAAUUAGAAACAACGAAACUAAUGCUAAAAAAUUUUAUGAAGCUAAAGGACUGGAUAUCGUUGCUCCAAUUUUAAGUGAAAAAUCAUCAACUCCAAAACUAAAGAUGAGAACUAUCGCAUUGUUAGCUGCAUUUUUGACAUCAGUUAAAAUUGAUAGUAAACUAAUAGAUCAAUUAAGAGAGGAAAAUAUUAUUGAGACCACCAUCAUUUGUUUAAAGAAUGAAACUGAUUUGAAUUUAAUAGAUAGAAUUUUAAAUUUCUUAAGCCAAUUGAUUUCCGCAAAGAUAACAUUUAGUGAAUCUGAACUAUCAAAAUUGAAUGAAGGAUUCACAAUCAUAACAGAGUACAAAGAUAGGCUGAAUGAAGAUGAUUAUCUAACUGUAAAGCAUGUAUUGAAUUAA